AUGUACAAGAGGUGGCACCGCUGGUCGACUGGUCUAUGGAACGGCAAAUCCUUUGCCUCAGUUCCAGAGAUGGCAGGCAACAACAAUCUUUUCUGUUCGACAUUUGUCCACAAUGACCAAGAGAUGUACAUGAAAAUUAGUUUAGUCGAUGAAACUAUGGUUACUCGUAAUGUACUAGACAUCUCGGGUCAAUCAAAACUGUUCAUCUGGUCAGAGAGUUCACAGGAUUGGACAGUGAUCUAUUCCCAACCGAAAGAUCAAUGUGAUGUCUAUGCAAUAUGUGGACCUUUCACAAUCUGCAAUGUUAAUGUGUUUCCACAUUGCACUUGCAUGGAGGGCUUCAUCAUAGCAUCCCCUGAGGAUUGGGAUCUAGAAGAUCGAACCUCUGGGUGCUCAAGAAAUACUCCUUUGGACUGCAUUAGCAACAAAAGCACAACACAAACCACAGACAAGUUCUACCCUGUACCAUGUGUUAAGUUGCCCCAGAAUGCCCAAGAAGUAGAAGUUGCUGCAAGCGCGAGCGAGUGUGAACAACGUGCAACAAAUAAAUUCACAGGAAAGUUGGGGGAAGGCAGUUUUGGUGCUGUAUUCAAAGGGUUUAUAGAUGACUCAAUUGCUGUAGCAGUGAAGAGGCUUGACGGUGCUUAUCAAGGAGAGAAGCAAUUCAGAGCAGAAGUGAGCUCGAUUGGAACUAUCCAACACAUCAAUUUAGUUAAGCUUGUUGGUUUCUGUUGUGAGGGUUCUAAGAGGUUGCUUGUUUAUGAAUACAUGUCAAAUAGCUCUCUUGAUGUCCAUCUAUUUCGAAUCAAUCAUACACCGUUGAAUUGGACUGCAAGGUAUCAGAUAGCACAAGGAGUUGCCAGAGGGCUAGCCUACUUGCAUGAGAGUUGUAGAGACUGCAUAAUACACUGUGAUAUUAAGCCAGAAAACAUACUUCUUGAUGAUUCAUUUAUUCCAAAAAUUGCAGACUUCGGCAUGGCAAAGCUUUUGGGAAGGGGGUUUAGCCGAGUACUAACUACAGUGAGGGGAACUGUAGGGUACCUUGCACCUGAAUGGAUUGCCGGUGUUGCUAUUACACCAAAAGUAGAUGUUUAUAGCUACGGGAUGGUGUUGCUGGAAAUAAUAUCUGGAAAGAGGAACUCGUGCACUUCCAGUUCUAGUGGUGGCAACCUUGAUGUUUUUUUCCCCGUGCAUGCCGCACGCAAGCUUCUUGAGGGAGAUGCUGGAAGUUUGGUAGAUCAUAUGCUACAUGGUAAUGUCAAUCUGGAUGAGGCUGAACUGGCUUGCAAGGUUGCAUGUUGGUGCAUCCAAGAUGAUGAGCUUGAUCGACCGACAAUGGGACAGGUAGUUCAGAUUCUCGAAGGGCGAGUUGAGAUCGGGAUGCCCACAAUACCAAGACUGCUUGAAGCUAUGGCUGGGAGCACGCACUCACCGUGA